CAGUGUCUGUGUUAUUAUUGCCCGUUUUGCAAAGCAGAAACGGUUCUUAAGUGACCUAUCCAAGGUGACCCGGCGGGGACUGGGCGGGGAGCAGAACCCGGGUUUCUGCCUCCCGCCGGGAGCUGCUCAAUCGCGUGCUGAUGGUUGACCAUGACAGCGCCCGAGGCAGGCCCAGGGCGCCGACGCCCGUAAGCGGCCGGCCCGAGAGCGAUCGGCUGAGAUCAAGCGCCGGGGCAAUGGGACGCGGCGGAGCGAACGGCGCGGCCUCCGGCGCGGGCGGUGCGGGCGAGACCGGGGGCGGCCCCGGACAGAGGCCCCUCGGCCGAGGAGGCCCGGAACGCGCAGUCGGUGCCAUCGGAAUUCCCCGGAGACAUUGGGGAGUCAGCUUCACCGCAGCGUCCCAGGAAGGGACUCACCGCAGUCCACAGCCCAAGACCCAUCUUUGCACUUCAAGUGACCCUGGGGACCGUGCAUUGACGAUGGUGGUGUUCACGUGGAAGGAACCCGGGCCUGAACGGCUACUCAGAGCAGAGCCUCCAUCCUGACCACACUGCGCUGUAACAGGAAGCCACUGAGGCUGCAGUGUUGUUUGUUCAGAUGCAGAUGGCGGGAGGGGGCUGUGGGGAUGAUUAAUACUGAUGACCGCCCGGCGUACCUCUUGGGUUUCAUCUCUCUACUGAGCUUCUGAGCACUUACUCUUUUUUGUAAGCAUCUAUAAAACAUUUACAAGUGGACAUUUUAGAUGUCAUCUUAAACUCAAUUCACAGCCAAAUUCAAAACCAUCCCCAAACUACCUUGGUUUCAUACAUAAUCUGCCCUUCCAACUUAUUUAUUCAUUGAGUUGGUCACUUCAGAAUAUUUACUGAGUCUUGAUCUAUGCCACAAUAUGGACUAUGUAUUAAAGAUAUAAAGAAGACACAGUUUCUGAUUUCAAGAGGACCAUAGUCUGAUGAAGGUAGAUAUGUAAACAAGUGAUUUAUGAGAAUGUUAUAUGUACCAUGGUUACAUGUCAGUUGUUUCCUCUUUUCUACAUCUCACACAAAAUGAGUCACAAGUAUUGUAUCUCACGUGCUUCUUUGGUAAUAGCCACUUUCUCACAGUGCUAUAUUGGAAUGAUAACCAAUUCCCCUUGCAGCCUGCACUCUCUCCUCACUCUAGUUCUGGUUCCAUCCUUUACUCAUUCUAGUUCUAGUGUACUCCUUGCAUACUAUCUCUAGACUCGUAUUCCUCACAUGCUACUUUGUUCAGGAAUAGUGUAAAGUUUUAUUUUUUCCUAUUGCAUCAAGUCUCAGUUCUGCUUGGCUUUCAAAGACCUUCAGGUCAGCCCUCCUAAUGCAGCUAUGUAAUCCUAUCCUCUAGGACUCUCCACUGUAACUGCCGACCCUGUCUAUUGUUACUCCACCUUCCUUUCCAUUCCCACUGCUCACCUUAGUUCAGUCCCUCUCAGCUCCCCCAGACUACUGCAGUAGCUUCUUAGCUCAUUUUCCCGACUCCAGACAUGUCCCUUUCCCACCCUGCUUCCUGCCAACAGAACUCUGUCAUUGCAGGAUCACUCUGAUCAUAUCAGUCCUCUCUUCAAAAGCCUUUCCAUCUUCCACAGUUCCCAUCUCAGUAAGUGGCACCUCUGUAUACCAAUUGCCUGUACCAGAAACUUGGGUGCCUUCUGUACUCUUCCUUGUGUCACACCCCUCUCAUGCAGUCAGUCAUCAGGUUCUUUCUGUUCUGUCACGUAUGUCUCUUGAAUCAGUCUCCUACUGCUGUUCUCCGUCCUCAAAGUCCUUGCCAAAGCUGUGGCCCCUUGACUGGACUACUCAAAAGCCUCCUAACCUGCCUCUGACUUCACUGGCUCUCAGCCCAUUCUCCACCUCACCACUAGGCGUAGCUCUUUCUCUGAUAGAGAGCUAAUACUGUGACUCUCCUGCUUAAAACUCUUCGGGGUUUUAACUCCAUGGCUUUGAGGAUGAAUCUCAAACUACUCUGUGACACAUUGUAAAGGACCCUUCAUGACGUGGCUCCUUGUAUCUCUCCAGCCUCAUUGCUUCAUCCCAGCUCUCUGUUCUGCACCUUCUCUUCUGACUUUACUGAACUAUAUCCACUUCCCCUGGGAAGGCACAGGAUCAAUUGCUCGUCUGCAGUUCUCACACGUUACUCCCUCUACCUGGGAUGCUCUUUCCUCCCACCUCCUACACGUUGUUUUGGACUCGGCUCCCUUGAUGGCAGUUACCAUGUCUUUCUUUUUCUUUACCUUGCAAGCACUCAGUACAGUGCCUGGCAUUGGGUAGGCUCUCAAUUCAGAGAAGUUAAAUAGAUUGUUCAUGGCCAUACAGCUGGUUAAGAGGCAGGGAGCUGGGAUUCAAUUCAGGUUUCUGAUUCAAAAUUUUAUGCACCUGCCACUUUACUACGCUGCCUCCUACCUUGGAUAAAAUACUUUAGACAUAAAGUCCAAGUUCAUUCAUUAAUUCAGCAAAUAUGUAUUGAUUUCCUAAUAUGUGCCAUUCACUGUGUUAGAUAAAGGGGGUGAACUGCUGAACAAGGCAUUCCCUGCCUUCAGUACACUUCUAGUCUGAUGAAAGAUACAGACAAAUAAAGACGCAUUUGUGGCACAAUGUGACAAGUGUUAUCAUAGGAGUAAGUACAAGGUAAAUUGGAAAGCCUAAUGGGAGGGAUACAUAGCCCAGUCGUAGGCGGUCAGGGAAGGCCUUUGGAGAGAAGUGAUUUCUAAGCUCAGACUGCAUAUAGAAUAAGCCUUGGCGAGAUGAGGAAGCUGGGGAAGAGAGUUCAAGGCACAAAAGAACAACGUGGGCAAAGGUCCUAAACCAUCAGAGACCGUGUCAGUACGGGGAACUGAAAGUUGUUCACAACUGCUGAAGUGUAAAACACCACGGCUAUAAUGACGAGAGCUGAAUCGGGACACUGAUGCGAAGGAGUUUAGACUACGUCCCGAAGCAAGGAAGAGGCAGAGUAGCAUUCUAAGCAAGAAAAUUAGUUGAUCAGAUUGAAAUUUUGGAAACAUCCUCUGACUACAGAGUGAAGAAUAGAUUAGGGUUGAGUGUGGGGCAAAAGGUAGGAUGGGGAGAGUGAAGAAUAGAGACUAGAGUGCUUGCCACUGAGAAAGAGAAGGAGGGCUGCCAGUUGGGGGAGGGGAAAGGAGCAGCUGCCCUUUUAGUUGUAACUGAGUUUGAUGAACUGGUGUGUGAUCAGGAGCUCAGGAGUGAUGUUGGGACCCAAGUUACAGAUUUGUGAGAUGUGAGCAUACGGAGGGUUAGGAAGCCAUGGGGGCAUGUGAGCUCACCCAAGGAGAGUGUGAAGAGAGGUAAAGUUUAGGGCAGAACUUGCAACAUUCAAGGGGAGAGCAUUCUCAGGAGGAGGGAAGGGGUCACUGGUGUCAAAUAUGGCCAAAGGUCAAUUAAAGUUAGGACUUGUGGGCUUCCCUGGUGGCACAGUGGUUGAGAGUCCGCCUGCCGAUGCAGGGGAUACGGGUUCGUGUCCCGGUCCGGGAA